AUGGCCGACCAGCAGAACCCUGGGGCACAGCUCCCCCCUCCGCCCUCCGCCAGCGGUGCGCCCGGCUACGACAACCAGCCUCAGGCCCAGCAGCACAUGCCGCCCCCGCCGCUCGCCCCCGUCAUCAUCCCGCAGAACAACAACCCCAUUCCCACGGCCAUUAGCUCCCCCAUGUCGGGCAACCCCAUGUCCCCGACCAGCGGCCAGCCUGGCUAUGUGCCCCGUCGCGCGGCUCCCGAGCCCAACAAGCGCGCUUUGUAUGUGGGAGGACUCGACCCGCGGGUCACUGAGGACGUGCUUCGUCAAAUUUUCGAGACCACUGGACAUGUCCAGAGUGUCAAGAUCAUUCCUGACAAGACUGCAAGUUCUCCUUCUUUCAACUCUAAGGGUUUCAAUUACGGCUUCGUUGAGUACGACGACCCCGGUGCGGCCGAGCGUGGCAUGGCCACCCUCAAUGGCCGGCGCAUUCACAACAAUGAAAUUCGUGUAAACUGGGCCUACCAAUCUAACAAUACAGCCAAGGAAGACACUUCUAACCACUUCCACAUCUUCGUUGGUGACCUUUCCAACGAGGUCAACGACGAAGUCCUUUUGCAGGCCUUUUCCACCUUUGGUCCCGUUUCCGAGGCUCGCGUCAUGUGGGACAUGAAGACGGGCAGGUCUCGUGGCUACGGAUUCGUUGCUUUCCGGGAUCGUGCCGAUGCUGAGCGUGCCCUCAACUCCAUGGAUGGCGAGUGGCUCGGUUCUCGAGCAAUUCGCUGCAACUGGGCCAAUCAGAAGGGUCAACCUUCCAUUUCCCAGCAGCAGGCCAUGGCCUCAAUGGGCAUGACACCAACCACUCCGUUUGGCCACCACCAUUUCCCCACUCACGGUGUCCAGAGUUACGACAUGGUUGUGGCUCAAACUCCGCAGUGGCAGACGACUUGCUAUGUCGGAAAUCUGACUCCUUACACCUCGCAGGCUGACCUAGUACCACUCUUCCAGAAUUUUGGUUAUGUUACCGAGACGCGCUUCCAGUCGGAUCGUGGAUUUGCCUUUAUCAAGAUGGACACGCAUGAGAACGCUGCCAUGGCCAUCUGCCAGCUCAACGGCUACAACGUCAAUGGCCGCCCCCUAAAGUGCAGCUGGGGCAAAGACCGUCCUCCGACUGGCCAGUUUGAGGGUUACUCGCCUGCGGGCGGCCCUAACUCAGCUUACCCCCAGACGCCGAGUGCGUACUUUCCGCAGUAUGGUGGUGGGCCACAAGGUGGGCCCAUGUCACCCUCAGGUGAGCGGCACCGGAGGAAGCUGCAGUAUCGAAACAAGCAAUCUAAUGCGCGGGCAGGACCCAGCCCCGGCGGAGCACCUUUCGCGCAGCAGCAGCAACAAGCCUUUGGUAACCCUGGCAUGCCGUUCCAGCAGCAAAUGCAGCAGCCGGGCAGCGCUGGUGGCUACGGCCGCGGCGCCCCCCAGCAGCCACAGUGGGGCCAGUCUCCCCAGGCUGCCUUUAGCCAGAACGGCUUUGGGGGAUACCAGGGCUAA